AAUUUUUUUUUACAUAAGUGUGGGAUAAUUUUCUUCCACCGAUUUUCGCGAAGAGGAAAUAUCUUUUGUAUGGAAAAAUGUAGAUUUUGUCGAGUCUUUGUCCGAGUGUUAGUUUUUUUUCUUCUCGUCGAAUAUUUUAUCGACGAUUGAUUAAUCUCAGCAGGUUGGUGAUUCUAGGAAACGAUUAAAUUGAAAAAUUCCAUUGAUGAAAAUUGCUUUUCCUGCGUCGGUAUCUCAAAGUUAACGCAAAAUUCGAUUGUGAGUGAAAAAUCUUGAUUCGAUUACGUAACAAGAUAUUCUCGAUCAUCCCUUUUUGGAUGCGUUGGUAAAUCCAGCCAUCAAGAUUCGCCAUGGGAAUUCCUGACGGAGACGUUGAGAAGGGAAAGAAAUUAUUCGUCCAGCGAUGCUCGCAGUGUCACACUAUCGAAGCUGGCGGCAAGCACAAAAUUGGUCCGAACUUGCACGGAAUGAUUGGACGUAAGACUGGUCAAGCGCCCGGAUUUUCCUUUACAGAUGCUAAUAAGUCCAAAGGAAUCACUUGGACCGAAGACACUCUGUUUGAAUAUCUGGAAAAUCCGAAGAAGUAUAUUCCUGGAACGAAAAUGAUUUUUGCUGGUAUCAAGAAGCCAAAUGAACGGGCUGAUCUGAUUGCGUACCUCAAAACGGCCUGUUGAAUCAAUCGUGCUGUGGUUUUACGGACAGUCGGUUGUGACCGCUGGGGUUUGGGAGAAGUUGAUCUCUAUCGUCGUUUUGACUGAAUGCAAAUCAAAAUUGAAAAAUUAACUGAAUAAUUUUAAUUGUAUAUACUAGAUUAAAGCUACGUAACCCAAUGUGCCGUUCAGUCUAUUUUAGCUUGUUGAUUUGAAUAGUUAGCGUCCUUCGCUUCACUGUUUGAUGAAAACGGUCAAUCUCGAUGGUUGCCAAUUUCUCUAGGUUGAUUAAUCUUAGGCCUUGCUAUGCUGAAACUUAAAAAAAAGUUCCUCUGUGGAUUUGGCAUCCAAUACUGAACUUUAUCGUAACUGUUUAUAAACCUGAUUGAUAGGAAUAUUAUUUUAUU